GUCGAGCAUGAGCCGCUCCCGGAAGUGUUGGCGUGUGCCUCAAGUUGUUGAGUUAACGCGAGUCACGUCGGUAAUUGCACCCGGUUGACUUUCUCAUUGACGAAACACGCAAAUGGCAUCCGGCGACGCUUAUAAAGUGUGUUCCCUGAAGGGAAAAGUGACGCUGAUCACAGGCGCCAGCUCAGGUAUCGGUGCAGGUACUGCGGUCCUGUUUGCCAAGCUGGGAGCUGUGCUGGCUCUCAAUGGCAGAGAUGUGGACAGUCUAAAGAAAGUGGCCAAGGAGUGCAAAGAGUGUGCCGGAGGAUCUGAGCCCUUGCUCGUGCCCGGCGACCUGACAGACGAGAGCACGGUGAGGAGUACGGUGGAGGCGGUCAUCGCGCGCCUCGGCCGACUGGACGUCCUGGUGAACAGCGCCGGAAUCCUGGCCAUGGGCGGCAUCGAGACGUCCGACCUGGCGACGUACGACAGGGUCAUGAACAUCAAUGUCAGGUCUGUGUACCACCUGACCCAACUCUGCGUGCCCCAUCUCGUGGAGACCAAAGGCUCCAUCGUCAAUGUAUCCAGCGUCAAUGGACAGAGAUCGUUCCCUGGCGUCCUGGCCUAUUGUAUGUCCAAGUCUGCCAUUGACCAAUUCACUCGCUGUGUCGCUUUGGAACUGGCGGCGAAGCAAGUUCGAGUCAACUCCGUGUGUCCUGGCGUGAUCAUCACCGAAGUGCACAAGAGAGCAGGACUGGAUGAGGAGCAAUAUGCUAAGUUCCUAGAAAAGUGCAAGCAGACUCACGCACUUGGGCGAGCGGGCGAAGUGGACGAGGUGGCCCAAAGCAUUGCCUUCCUGGCAUCGGACGCUGCCAGUUUCAUCACCGGCGUCAACCUCCCCAUCGACGGGGGGCGCCAUGCUAUGUGUCCACGAUAAAUCUUGACAGUAUUAUUACUAGAUAAUAAAGUACUUCAACAAUA